CCGCCGUUGUUGUAGGACGUGUGUUCUGUGUCUCUCGAUUGUGUACGCGAGUGAAAUCAUUACGAUGUCGAGUGUUUCUUUUAUUCCCAAGUGUGAAUUGUGAGUGUUUUGUGCAUAGUUUUAGAACCGGUUUGCCAUCUUUGCAAGUCAGCAAAAUGCUGACUGUGCAACGGCUGCUCAGCAUCACACUGAUAACCAUUACAGCUGACAUCGUCACAUCUCAAGAAGACAUCCCUAUUAAAGAACACCAGGGGCCACAGACAUGCGGCGGUCUCUUAAAAGGCCCCGUUGGUAUUAUCCAAACUCCUAACUUCCCCAAUCCUUUUCCCGUACCGAUUAAGUGUCGUUGGAUAAUCGAACACGAUAUCGUGAAUGGAACGAUAUCGAUAUACUUCACGCAGCAGUACACCACUAGUGGCCUGACGUUCACGGAGUAUAUGUAUUACGAUGACUCGUAUAAACUGGGAGAGAGGAAGGCGCUCAGUGUUACGGAGGAGAACAUCACAAGAAUCAAGUGGUUGCAGGUUCAAAGCCCGGUGCUAGUUGUGGAGCUAACUCUAAACAGACUGGAAGGAACGCAGCUUCGGGCGUUAGGGUUGCUGUCGGUCUUCGGGUUCAACAUGACAUAUGUCGUGAAAGCACCCACGGACGCACCAGGUCCGACGUCUUGCAGUGCAAUAGAAUGCCGGCUUCUUGGACAUUGCUACGCUAAACAUGAUUAUAAGGAGUUUUACUGCGCGUGUUUCGAAGGUUAUUCCGGUGCGGACUGCGGCGUCGGACCAUUAUGCCCAAGGACCUCCAACAUGUGCAAAAACGGAGGUACUUGCAGGCAAAUGGGUCCAGCGGCUGUGAGCUGCAUCUGUGCGCCGGGAUACACGGGGGAUCUCUGCGAAUCACAAAUUGCUGCACCGGAGUGCGGAAUCGAGGAAUGCUCUGAGGGCUGUCCAAAAGGAAAUCCAUGUGAUUGCAACCCUAAAGACACUGAUGUUUCAUCCGCCCGAUUUGAAACAAGAUUACAAAUAAUGGACCAAGGUGACACCAACAUAUCUGAAGAAAUCGUUAAGCAGAUAACAAAUUACUUGAGAGCUUCUAAUAUAACGCUACACGAUGAUAUCGAAAUCUUAAAUAUAAGUUCUCCCGAAGCAUCCGGUGCACGAACGGUUUGGUUACGUGUAUGGGGUGCGCGGCGUGAGGCGGGUGCACUACGAACAGCGCUCGCGCGUCUCGCCGCUACACGCUCACGCACCGACCGUCUGCGCUUGUUGCCCGCUACGCUGCACUUCGAUAUGCAACCGGCACUUAGUUUACACACAUUGAUCGUGAACCAGCGCCCAGAAGUGUGGGAGGGAUCAGAAUUUAUCCUGAGUUGUAUGGCGUAUGGAUCACCAGAAAUAGCGUUUACCUGGUAUAAAGAUGGGAUCAAAGUGAAUUUUAAUGGUACAACAAGGGACAUAUGGACACGCACCGUAGCGGAAGAUGCAUUAGGGCGGCGAAUGUCAGUGCUUGGCAUAUCAGAAGCGAAGAAAUCUGAUAGCGGAAGAUGGUCAUGUUCUGCAGAUGACGCUGGUAGACGAAGAUGUAGUGCACUUAGACUGACUAUACUUAGACCUCCUGAUAUACGACUUGUACCUUCAACUCUUACCGUAAACAAGGGUGAUAAUGUAAGCAUCACAUGUUUGGCUGGCGCUGGUCGAGUUCACGGCGCAUUGGGGUUUAGUUGGGCGAGAGAACGGUCACUUCUCCCGUUAGCACCAGGACGUGAAGUUUGGGAAGAUCUAUAUCCUGCUGGGAGUGUGUUGAAACUAUAUAAUGUACAGAAAUCUGGCGAGUUUCGUUGUCAAGUAUCCUCAGUAGCUGGCACUAAUGCGAAGGGAGUGACGAUGUGGGCACUUGGCGUCAAGGACGAGGCUUGUGAAAGUGAAGCGUCUCAUGGCUUACGUUGGCCUAAGACAGCUCCCGGAGCUCACGCAUCUGCGGCUUGUCCACCGGGACAUAACGGGGAAUCAACAAGGUUUUGUGAACCGAAAACAAGUCAACAUGGUGUGAAAUGGAAUCUACCGGACUUUUCUGGAUGCGUCGCUGAUUCAUUGAAAGACAUCCAUGAACAGUUUACGCGUAUAUCCUACGGCUAUUCCUGGGAUAAUGUCUCUAACGUGGCUCAUCAAUACGGGGCAGUUCUACGAUCUUUACCAGCUCAUCCCGGAGAAGGGACCCUCCCACUUCAACACGCAAGAGAAAUGCUACAAUACUUGCAAUCUUCCGCCGGGAAACCUAAAGAUAAGCAAGACAGCGUGGAACACCUUCUGAUCAUUUACGACACGUUGCUUAAACAUCCCGACGCGUUCCUGGAUGAAGAGAAAAUCUACGACCUCCAAAAUGCAGUAGUAGACACAGCAGCUAUGAGAGACAAUCUCGAUCUUCAUUAUCAAGAGUUUGCAGUAAAGACUAAGCAAGUGCGAGAGGACAGCGCGGCUCACUUCAGCUUCACACCAAAUCCUAGCUCUGAUGAAUGGCUGCUAACAUCAACAGGUGUAGAACUAGUGGCUAGAACUGGGAAUGCGUCGGUUGUAGCUGUCCAGUAUCAUAACAUAGCUGCCCGACUUCCCUCUCUGAGAAGAUCUAUUGAAUUCAACGCGUCAUAUUCUAGGAGCGGUCGCGAAAUGGAGUACCGGCUGGCGUCUGCGCAGGUGCAGCUCGCCGCCAGCCACAUCGACGUUACCCUGCACCAUACCGUUACUCUACUAUUUGUCCACUCCAAAAAUUACACCGCCAUAGCUUCCAAAUUGGUAUGUGGGUUACGAACGCCCUCCGAACCAAGCACCUGGGUCACCAAAGCAUGUGAGGUGCGGAUACCAGAACCGACCCAUGUCGCCUGCCGCUGCCGUGGCCUCGGAACUUACGGUCUCUUUACCAUCGCCAGAUCUACCCUUACGGAUGUAGAAAAAGAUCUCCGAGGAGUUGUGAAGAUUACGGUCGGUUUAGGAGGUGCCAUGUGUCUCGCCGCGGCAGCACUACAAUUGCUAAGUCUAGUGCCAGGAAGAAAGGCAAGGCUACCUGUACUUUUAAAAGCGGCGACAGCAGGAACCCACUCUGCUGCUGUGCUAACGCUUUUAGAAUGUGACACAAGACAGGAAGAAGCUUGUCCUGGUGCUCUGGGUUGGGUGUGCGCGGCGUGCUGGUGCGCAGGAUGUGCGGCGUUGUGCGCGCAGCCGCUGCUCUUGCAAGCUGAGCUAGCGGGUCGGGCGCAAAGAGUGCCGUCCGUUGCUCUACUUGCAGGAGUGUGCACAUUAGCGUGGCUGACGGCGCGGCUGUGGGGCGGCGCCCCGCUGCAGAUCGGCGCGGCGGCGCAGGCCGUGUGCGCGGCGGGCUGCGCCAUGCUCGCCUUGCUCUGCUUCGCCCUGGCCGUCUGCGCCGCUCUCAGGCUACGAACCAUCACGCAUAAGGUCCCGGCUGAGAGAAGGACCUAUCUACGAGAUAGGGCGCGCGUGGUGCGCCACACGCUGGCGGUGCUCGGCACGACGAGCGCGGCGCAGGCGGCGGGCGUGUGGUGGGCGCAGCCGGGCCCGCGCUCGCUGGCGCACGUGCUCGUUCUAUCCAUCGCCGUGCUCUCCAACGGUAUAACGAUGCUCAUAUGCUACGUCAUUCGCGAUGAAGAAUGCCUGCAAUCAGCGAGAAAAGUAUUUUCAUUACCUUCACACCGCGACUGGCAAGAAUCGCCCGCUGGUGACACGUCUCUUAGUCUAUACAUAAAACAAGGCGGCGAAGUGGAAAGUAGAGGUGGGGCCGGCCUAAUGGAGUCUAACUCUUCACCCGUGUCCCCUCUCACUUCAUACUGGAGAGCACCGGGUCUGGAGAGCCCGGCCAGGUUGCACAGGCGACAGUCGACACCGGACAGCCGCGCUGACAUAGUCCGCUGCGUCGAAUAUAAGGAUUCUUUACUGAGCCCGCAUCGGUAUGAGGCGCACCACGUCACCACCACGCACGCAGUCUGUGACCUCAUUCCUCGCAAUCCUCACUCCCCCCUUUCCCUUGUCACUCCCGUUCCUCACUCUCCUAUCCACCUAGUCCCUCACAACACUUACUCCCCCAUUCACUUCGUCCCCCACAAUCCUCGCUCAACUCUUAACCCACAGCCAGAAUACAGAGCCCGAUUGUGCUUAGAGCUAGGUGUCCUUAAAACUCCCCCAACAGAAACAAACGCUCCCCUCCUCACUUGUUCUGUAGACUUUGAACCCUACGACAAAACGUUCGAUACUUCUAAAGAAGCUUGCACGAUUUGCGUACAAUCAAAUCCAGACGUAUCCAAAGUAACAUCGCCUCCUAUAAAAAGUUGUCUAAAAAAGAAUAAAAAAGAUUUCACAUCUAGUAUCUCGCUUCCAUCUAUGGAACUAAAAGAGGAUAACAAGUCUAAGUCUGAUAUAGAACAAGUGAACAGGGAGUGGAAUAAGGCCUACGAUUCGCCUGAAACGGAUCGAAUGCUGAACAAGAUAUCCGACGAUUUGGAUUUUCUUUUAAAUCGGACUCAAGUAAAAAAAACAGUUCUCGACCAAAUAGAAGAAGCCCCGACUUAGAAGUGUGUAGUAAAUCUAGUUUAAUUUAAAUGGAAACAGGGGUACGUCAUACCGUAUAGAAUAUUUUGUAUAUAACUAUUUUAUAUCGUAUUAAAAAAUAUAUAAACCAUUUGUAAAAAUGAUCAUUGUAAAUAACACGAAAUUUGUAAAAUUUUAUUUGUAUCUGUACCUCAUACAUGAUUAUAAAAUUAAGAUAAUUAUUUCAUAGAUCAAUAAAUUAUAACAUUAUUUUUAACAUAAUUAACAAGAACUUUAAAAGACAAAAUGACAAU